AAUUAUCUAAGAGUCUCUCUGAAUCCCUCAUUAGCAUAAAUGCCCUAUAAAUAGCAGAAAUUUCGCUUGGCGUUUUCAUUCUACUUGUGUUUUUAAAGGUCUUAAAGAUGCCCGAACCGGCGAAGUCGGCACCCGCCCCGAAGAAGGGCUCCAAGAAGGCUGUGACCAAGGCGCAGAAGAAGGACGGCAAGAAGCGCAAGCGCAGCCGCAAGGAGAGCUACUCGGUCUACGUAUACAAGGUGCUCAAGCAGGUCCACCCGGACACGGGCAUCUCGUCCAAGGCCAUGGGCAUCAUGAACUCCUUCGUCAACGACAUCUUCGAGCGUAUCGCCGGCGAGGCGUCUCGCCUGGCGCAUUACAACAAGCGCUCGACCAUCACGUCGCGGGAGAUCCAGACGGCCGUGCGGCUACUGCUGCCCGGGGAGCUGGCCAAGCACGCCGUGUCCGAGGGCACCAAGGCCGUCACCAAGUACACCAGCUCCAAGUAAAUUUGAGUCAAGUACAAUGAUGAAGAUUGGAUAAAUCACAGAAGAGCAUCAAUCAGUCACUCUCUUUUUGCCAAGAGAAGCAAAUCACCUUUAGACUUAUCUUUUCUACCACUUGUCACUGCUGGACUCUGUUUUCAUUUCACAAGUCAACCAAUAAAAUAUGAUAGCUACUGGAAGAUCACCAGAAGCUUUGAAAGAAUCAGUAAAGACCAGUAAACACCUGGAUAAAAUAUUGGUUUUUUUCUGAGUAUAAAAAUAAUGUUUAUAGUAGAAAUUUGUGAAAAGAG